AUGUCAAAUGAGACAUACAAUCCUCGAUUAACACAAGCAGCUUAUCAAGCUCAGCCGGGCGGUCCUUUAGAUGUCGAUAAAGAAUUCUACGAUCGUAUAGGUGAUGCUAAACGAUCAGUUGCUCAAUCAUUCGUCCUGCCUAUUCGAUCAGGUAAAGCAUGGCAUGUAAAGAAAGGUCAGAUAUGUCGUAUAACAACAAUUGAAGGUCCACAAGUAGCUGAUUUAAAUCUAUGGAAUGCACAUAAUCCACGAGAACGAUUAUGGGCUGCAAGCAGAACCCGACAAUUGCAACGAGCUCACGUAUCGAUUUAUGAUCGAUUAUGGUCUACUUUACCUUAUUUAAGGCCAUUAUGUACAAUCGUUGGUGAUUCUUUAUCGGGGUAUGGUAGUGGUGGGAACGGUAAAGGAGGCGGGAGAGAUGCAGAAGGUGCUGGUGUACAUGACUUAUUAGGCACUCGCUGUGAUCCCUACGUGAACAAGAUGUUAACAGGACUAGAUUUUGAUUAUCAUUGUCAUUCCAACUUGACACGAGCAAUCAUUCCCUUUGGAUUGGUAGAAUCAGACGUUCAUGACGUUUUGAAUGUUUUCCAGGCAACAGGGUUGAAUGUCAACGAUCAGUACUUCAUGAAAACAUGUCCGGCUAAAAAGGGGGAUUAUUUCGAAUUCUUUGCCGAACAAGAUCUUUUGGUCGCUUUGAGCACUUGUCCUGGCGGUGAUUUAAGUAAGCCGAUGUGGGGAGAGAACGACACAAAUAAUGACAACGAAGACCCGACUUUGGAAUGCUGUAGACCUUUGGGGAUUGAAGUGUAUAAUAUUCCACAAGAUCUUUUGGCCAAUUGGACGCCACCUCAACCAAAUGGACAAGCAUACAAAGGCGGACAUGCUUUACGCGAACAAGCAUGGAAAUGAGAGAAUUAAAUUAAAACGCGGGGAAGUUCGUUAACGGUUUUAGAGCCGAUUGCUUACCUCCGAUCCGAACAACUCCUACUCUUGACCUUAUCAAUGUAUAAUCGCGCUUUUACAUUUCAAAGACUUAUUCAUACAACAACUCGUAAUAUGUCAGGUUAUUCAGCCGAAAUACUCAAUGAUCAAAGUAAACAUCAUUGGAGCAUUAAAAUGUUCGAUCGCGAGAAUGGUUUAGCAGAUCGAAAUGCACAUUUUGGUACACAUAAAGCACGUUUAGCAGAGUUCAAACAACAGAAUCCAGGAG